AAGGUCAUAGAAGCCUUCAUCUGUGUGAUCCCUGUUCCUGAAAGCGGGCUCUCCUUAGACAAGACGUGCUCUGAUGUUUGAGAACAUCAGAAGGACCCAAGGCUUGGUGGAUGGACCACAUCACGUCUCUGGAUCUGUGGGCUUGAACUUCUUUGACAGACUGGUCGUGAAAUAUUCCAAGGCAACAUGUCUGCAUUGGCACACACCCCCUUAGCACAAUGAAAUAAUAAAAGACUGAAUUCAGUUCAGUUCUUCUCACUCCGUUCUUGCUAUAAUACAUGCAUUAUUCUCACAGUCGUCAAGGUCGGCUACAACCUGUCUCCGUCAUGCUACUGAUGGUUGCUACUGCUAAAGAAUGCAACUUUGGUGGCUUUGUAACAUAAUUUCGUAUUUAUUGUAUGUCCUCUGCAUUGUUCUUAGAAAAACAAAUCCAAUGUAAUGACAAACAUGUACGGUGGGUGGCGAUAUGCAGCUAUUUUGAGAUGAAACGAAAUACAAUGACGAAGAAGAGAAGCUCAGCUGGACGGGAAGCUGUAGCGUACAUAGUGACAAUGUCCGAAAAUUAACGACUGAUUUCUUGUGGACACAAUGUUUCUUUCGUUUUUCCCAUGGAUAUUCCAAGUACAUAAUUGAACGGACUGUUAUACAUUUCAGGAGGUGUUGUUUUGAUAUACUUGCUUUUUAGCACCGUGCUACGAGCAUUGUUUCGUUUUCUUGUCGUCAUUCUGAGUUUCAAAGUAGUUGGUCAAAAUAGAAAACGAUUGUUUUGUUGGUUGUUCAACAAGUCGAUUUUUGUCUUUAUUAUCAGUGAUUAUGUCUCACUGUUAUGCUCAUAACUGCUGAUAUGUAUUGUAUCAUGUAAUAUGGCAGUCGUUCGAGCUAAAAUCUGGGUUGUUUGAUUUUAUUUCACAAUUUCAGUAUUUACCAUUUUUCUUUGUAAAGGUACUUUUCCGUAUUUGAAGUGUAAAUGAUAUCGAUGCCACAAACCUGAGACCUUGUCUGUCCACAGAGGCCAGCAAAGUGAGUCCACGCACUAACAAUGGAGCUGUCUCAGAGAGAAAGACUGUCUCAACUGGUGGAGGUGCUGACAACAUCUGGAGAUCCACAGCUCAACCAGCACAAAAUGAAAGAGGUCAAGAAGAUCUGCAAGGAGUCUAAUGAUUGCAUCGACCACGUCUACCACCUGGUUAUGUCACAGCUGAACGAGGACCAUGCGGAGAUUCGACUGUCAGCUUUUCAGAUAGCCAGUGAACUCUUCUCCAGAUCACACCACUUCAGAACCCUUGUAGUAGACAACUUUCAGGACUUCCUGGAUUUAACAGUGGAGACUGACACAGAGCAACCACUUCCUCCACCAAAACCAGUUGCCAAGAAGCUGCGUUCGCUGGCUAUCCAGACAGUUCAGUCCUGGCAGGCCUCCUACGGGUCAGCAUAUAAGAAACUAGCCCUUGGCUAUCAUUUCCUCAAACAAGUUAAGAAGGUGGAUUUUGAUGAUGCUGAAGCUCGAACGAUAGCAGAGAGGCGGAGGGAGGAGGAGAGGCAGAGGAAAAUGGAGAGGAUUUACAAGGAGAGAGUGGAGGCUGCCACUAAAGACAUGGAGGAGAGCUAUGAGGACAUUCAGUCGUCUCUGACUGAGAUGGAGUCUUGCAUGAUGCUGCUGCUUCCCAAGUUUGACUCCACAGAUGUGGAGGGAACCAGUAGUGGUCUGCAAAAGGCAGAAAUCCAAGUUGAACCGAAAGAGGAGGCGCCCUGCUGCAGCAAAGAUUUGCGGACUGACAGAGAAGAAGUCAGAGUCCAGGAGGACCUGGUUGCUGGAGAAGUUAAGACAGAAAUCACAGAAAAAAAUGAGGAGACAAAAGAAGAGGGUGAGGACAGUGGCACAGAUGGAGAAGAUGAAGACUCAUUUAUCCGGAACUCAGGCUUGAUUUCUCACUCAUACAAUCUAGACCUAAAGCUGAGCCCAGGCAUACAUGUGAAUGAGACUGAAGAUAAUGAAGCUGUGGUUUCCACUGUGAUAGACCUCCAUCGACUGAUAACCAACAAACACCUGCCUGCGGUCCAAGGCUGGGUUCAGGUCUUCACCAAGUCUGGUGCUGAUCAGCAGCUCCUCAGAAGAGCUCUGGAUUUGAAAACGUCUAUAGAAGCUGCACUGCAGAAACACAAAGAACUUCACAUCGACUACAAGACAAGAAUACGUAAAGUGAUUACAGCUUCUUCAGAUGAUGAAGAGGAUGAAUUUGAUGAGGUUCCUGAGAAAGAGGGAUACGAGCCUCACAUCCCUGAUCAUCUGCGAGCUGAGUACGGUCUGGAUCCUUCUCCAUCUACCUCGAACGCAUCUGUCUUUAAAAAGACUCAGGCGAAGCUCCCUGCAAGUCCAAAGCUACCUGCGUCUCUGUCUUCCAGAAAAGUAAAACGUCAAAGAGAGGAAGAGGCGGAUCCAACAUGUGCUGCUGCAACCGUCAGGGUGCUCAAGGAGCAACUGAGAUUUCCCACACAGCCCAUCUCCACUGGGCCAAGUUCCAAUGAGACCUCUUCUGCCCAGAAAACUACCGAUGCACCAGUAGUUCCAUUUGGUCUUGACCUCUACUACUGGGGUGAGGAGCUACCCAACGCUGGAAAGAUCAUCAAGUCAAGCUCGCAGCACCAGUUCUGGGUUCCAGCUGAGGUGGUAGAGGAGGUGGACAACCCUGAUCUUCUGGCAGAGAGCAGGAGUAGAUACAUCACCUUCCCAGGGAAAUUCAGUCCUGUCAGCCACUACUGCCAUGCGCCGCUCGGUGAUGGGAGGUUGUGUCAGCGACAGGACCGAGUCAAGUGUCCCUUCCAUGGACGGAUUGUUCCUCGGGAUCAUGAAGGUCGUCCGUGCAAACAGGAGGACAGGCUGAGACUGGAGGAAGAAGAGAGGAGGCGGAGAGAGGAGCAGCCUGACUGGAGAGAUCCAGAGCUGAUGCGGGACAUAGAGGCUGCAACAGGAGAAGACCUGGGCUCUGACAGAGUUGGGAAAAAAGGGAAAGGCAAAGCAAAGAAGAAAUACCCAAACCUGAGUGACUUGAAGCAGAGCGCCAACACUUCGCGGUCCAGACUGGAGAAGAGAGUCUUCAACAAGAGCUCCAUGCGUCGAGUGGCUCAGAUGAUGAGUAAAGCCGACAGCCGGAAACACGACAAGUUUUCCAACCAAUUUAACUACGCUCUCAACUGACUUCCACUUGCCUGUGUGGGGAGAGUCCCCAUCACAGGCCACCACAGCAAGGCAGCCUCCGUCACCUUUAUCUACCAUGUUUCUGAGAAUAUCUUGAACAAAUCUAUGAAGUAGAAACAUCUAUGACAAAUGUUUCUUUGUUUCUGAAUGACUUGAGCUCACUGAUUUUUAUACUAUGUGUGUAUUUUUGCUAAUUUAUAUAGAUCGUUGGAUUGUGAUGAAGUAAGGGUCAGAUUAUUGUGGUAGGGCAGACAUGUUUUCCUAGUUUUCAAAUAAUAUUCUGAUAGCACUCCAUGUUUGCAAAAACAAUAAACCGGUUCAUGAAUUCUU